AUGUUUGUUCUCAAAGUAUGGCUAUUAUUUCUCUUUACUUGUACUCAACAAUCGUCUGCACAAAAAAUGCGAUCAUUUCGAAUGUCAGUUAUAAAUGAUCGUCAAUUCCAAUGUUCAAAUACUACUUGUGUACCAUUUUUGAAUGUUACUUCAUUAAAGACUCGUGAUUGUCAAUGGAAAUGUUUAAGCGAAAUACAGUGUGAAGCAAUUACUUUUCAGGCAUCAAACGCCAAUUGCCAAUUGUUUUCUAAUAUAUCAAACCAACUCAAUAAUAUGCUCAUGAAUUUCAAUACUGUAACGAUGAUUGUUAUCGAUGGAGCACGUAUACCGUCCGUUCCGAAGUUUCGUACUCAAAUAACUUACCCAAUGAAUAAUAAUGCAGCCUAUGUAUUAGUUCAAGAUGUCAACUAUGAUAAUAAACUGGAUAUUCUUACGGCAAGCGAGUCAGUAAGUAGAGUAAGCAUACGUUACAAUCAAGGAAACGGAACAUAUGGUCCUCUAUUAAAUAUUACAGUUAGCAGUAAGCAAUACAUGCUAGUACUGGAAGAUCUCAAUAAUGAUAACAUAUCUGAUAUUAUUGUAACAAAUAAUGGUGUAGCGACCAUAGGUAUUCUUUACGGAAAGGGUAAUGGUACAUUCAAUUCGGAAAUCACUUUAGCAGCUGGUGCAAGUCCAAUUGCAUUGGCAGUAGCUGACAUAAAUGAUGACCAUAAACCUGAUAUUCUUUAUACAAAUUGGAAUAGAAAUGCUAUUAUAGUAUACAUAAAUAAAGGUAAUGCAACGUUUUCUCCUGAUUUGAAUUUCACAACUGAUGUGAAUGUAUAUGCAAUGCAAGUAAUUGAUAUAAAUAAUGACGCAAAACUUGAUAUUAUUUGUGUAAGUGAACAAUCAAAUAGCGUUAGCAUCUUUUUUGGUCGGGGAAAUGGGACAUUUCUUUCUCGACUGAUUUAUUCAGUUGGCAAUGGUCCACACUCAUUCGCAAUUGGUGAUAUCAAUGGUGACAGUAAUCUUGAUAUUGUUGUAGCUAACUCCGGCACAAAUACGACCAGUAUUUUGAUGAAUGGAGGUGAUGGCUCAUUUCUAACACAAACUACGUAUACUGUUGGUACUGCACCACUUUCGGUACAAAUAUGUGAUGUUAAUGAUGACAAACAUCCAGAUAUUAUUGUUGCGAAUAAGGGUUCGAAUGGAAUUAGUAUUUUGUUGAACAAAGAUGACGGAACUUUCUUUAGUCAAAUCACUUACACAGCUGGUGCCGCGCCAUCAUCAAUUGCAGUUACUGAUGUUAAUUAUGAUAAUAAAUCUGAUAUUAUUGUUGGAAAUAGCAAUUCUAAUAACUUCGGCAUCUUUUUUCAUAUUUGA